CACACACACACACACACACACACACACUCUCUCUCUCUCUCUCUCUCUCUCUCUCUCUCUCUCUACGCAAUAAAAAAUGGCGUCGAAAGAAGCAGAGGAGACAACCUCUCCACCUCCUCCGUUCUCAUCUCGUCCAAGAACCCUCUCCGAUGGCGGAUACCGGAUUUAGGAGCCCUCGCCGCGAGAUCUCGGAUUGAGUGGUUCGCGUCUCGAUCUCUUUCUCUCUCUGCUUCGUUUCGCGCAAGAUUUGUGCGGAUUUAACGCGAAUUCGGAGGUUUUGGUUCAAGAAUCCUCUUUAGAUCGCAACUAGAUGUCUUGGAUUGAGAUUGCCGUGUGCAAUGUGUGUGGGUUUAACAUGUAAUUUGGGGUGUUUCUCGCAAGAAACCUCUGUAGAUUCGAACUAGAGGUCUCGGAAUCAGAGGUUUUAAAGGAAAAUUCUGAAAGAUGGAUCAGUAUGAGGUUUUGGAGCAGAUAGGGAAAGGAGCAUUCGGUUCCGCUCUUCUAGUCAGGCAUAAGGCUGAGAAGAAGAGGUAUGUGUUGAAGAAGAUCCGCCUUGCUCGUCAGACAGACAGAUGCCGCAGGUCUGCUCACCAAGAAAUGGAGCUCAUUUCUAAAGUGAGAAACCCAUUUAUCGUGGAGUACAAAGAUUCGUGGGUGGAGAAGGGUUGCUAUGUGUGCAUUAUAAUAGGAUAUUGUGAGGGAGGAGACAUGGCUGAAGCAAUAAAAAAGGCCAAUGGAACUCAUUUCCCUGAAGAGCAGAUGCUCUGUAAAUGGCUUGUACAGCUCCUCAUGGCACUUGAUUAUUUGCAUGCAAAUCACAUUCUUCAUCGUGAUGUGAAGUGCUCCAAUAUAUUUCUGACAAAAGAUCAAAACAUACGGCUUGGUGAUUUUGGCCUGGCUAAAAUAUUGACAUCAGUCGAUUUGGCUUCCUCGGUUGUGGGAACUCCUAGCUACAUGUGCCCCGAAAUUCUAGCUGAUGUACCUUAUGGUUCUAAGUCUGAUAUCUGGUCUCUCGGAUGCUGCCUAUAUGAAAUGACUGCUCUCAAGCCAGCAUUUAAAGCUUUUGACAUGCAAACUCUGAUAAACAAGAUUAACAAGUCUAUCGUGGCUCCUCUACCAACUACCUUUUCUGGUGCAUUUAGGGGACUCAUUAAGAGCAUGCUGCGUAAAAGCCCCGAACAUAGGCCAAGUGCUGCGGAACUGCUCAAGUAUCCACAUCUUCAGCCUUAUGUCCUUCAAGUCCAUUUGAAGUCUAGUCCUAUUCGCAAUAUGAUUCCUAUCGAAUCCCCUGCUAGAAAUACUGUAAAGAAGAUUAGAUUUCCCGAUGAUGAAGAUGAUUAUGCAGGCAAGGAUAAAAGGGAUUCUUUUGGGAGUGAGAAAAUUGUCAAACUUACCAGACCUUCUAGUGAGAGAGAUUUGCGGAGGUCGACUCUAACUUUAAGAGAUCGUUCUUGUUCUACAAACCAAAUAAUCAGAGAAAUGUCUAUUGAAAGUAAGGCAAUCAAUGAGAAGCCUGCAACUUUUGCUAAAACGCCUCAAAAUACUCCAACCAAGGCCUUCACUACUCCUAGGAGGCGACUGGAGCCCUCAAGAACAGUUCAUACCAGAACAAUUCGUCAAGAGCUGUCCCACCUGUCAAGAGCACCUGCAGGUAGAACAGUUCGUCCGACUCGACGAGCAUCUCUGCCUCUCCCAGCACUUCAAACUCGUCACAAGCAACACAAUCUUGGGAUCCUCCACGAAGAUGAUUCCACCGAUGUUUCCCUAAAUGCUCCUCGAAUAGAUAAAAUAGCCGAAUUCCCAUUAGCAUCCUCUGAAGACCCCUUCAUCUCUUUUCCGAAGCCUGUGCCGUCUCGCAGAUUCUCUUCUGUGAUGCCAAGGUGCGCUGCUGACCGUUCAGUCACAAAGGACAAGUGCAUGGUUCAGAUCUUCUCCCGCACUGGAGGGGCGGUGAACACAAGUGGCAGUUCCUCUGAUCACGAACAGACAGCUGCAGCAGACGAUUCAAUCUUGGAGUCAUCGGAGCCAAGGCGGCGGGAGCAGCAGAGGUUCGACACCUCAUCGUACCAGCAGCGCGCAGACGCUCUGGAAGGGCUACUGGAGGUGAGUGCCAACUUAUUGCAGCAGGAGAGAUUCGAGGAGUUGGGGAUAUUGCUGAAGCCGUUUGGCCCUGAAAAAGUUUCUCCAAGGGAGACGGCUAUUUGGCUGACGAAGAGCUUCAAAGAGACGAGACUUUGACAAGCAUAUCUUUUUUAGCCAAUUUGAUGAUGUUCAGAAACCAAAAAUUAGUUGGACGUAUUAUAGUGGCGGUGAGAAUUUUUGCCCUGUUUCAUCAGGUUUGUGAUGUGAACUUUCUGUAGAAAGGUUCGCUAAUAAUUGAUUUGUUGUCUAGAUAUGGGAUAAAAAAAAAAAAGAAAAAAAAAAUUGAAACAGUGCUUACGAAAUACCAACCAAGCAUGAGCAAAUUCUCAUCAAGCCAAC